AUGGCCACCCUUUGGGAUCCAGCGGAGCGCCAUGGGCACCUUGGGCCCCUGCCGGGACAGCGCCUGGUGCUUGUGACUGGCGCGGCGCGUGGACUGGGCGUGGGCAUUUGCAAACAGGUGCUUCAACAGGCAGAUGCUGAGCUCAUUGUUGCGGCGAGGAGUCUGCCAAAGGCGCAAGAGCUUGCUGACGAGCUGGGCCCACGCUGCAGGGCCUUGCAAUGUGACGUGAGCGAUGAGGCGUCCUGUCGCCUUGUGGCUGAAACAGUGGCCAAGAUCCGUGGAUCUCGAGCCCUCUCCGUGGUGCACAACGCAGGGGUGGCCUACGACCUGCCUUGGUUCCCGGCGCCCUGGCCCGUGGAGGCCGCUCGGGUGACCCUGGGCACCAACCUCUUCGGGGCCAUGCGUCUGACGGAGGCCUUGUUGCCGGAGCUGCUCGACGAAAGGGCCCACGGACGCUUGGUCUUCGUGAGCAGCGGCGCUGGCGCGGCGAAUCUGUCGAAGAUGGCGGAGGAGCGGCGGUGUGCCCUCACAACCAUUGAGGAUGUAAAGGCCUUGAAGGACUUCUGUGAGGCUUUCAUUCAAGCCUAUGAAGCUUCAGCAAAGGAGCAAGCAGAGGUGCCUCUGCCCAAGUUACAGGAGGGAUUUUGGCUCCAAUCCAACGGCUUUUCCAAGGCCUGUUUGAACCGCUACUGUCAGAUGAUGGCGCUCCAGCACCCCACGCUCUGCUGCGUCGCCUGUUCGCCCGGCUUCGUGGAGACAGAGAUGGUGAAAACAUAUCGAGGCGAUUCCAAGUUGAAAAGCGUGGAAGAAGGCGGAGACGUGUGUGCAUGGUUGGCCCUGUCACCUGACGCGGGCCCCAGCGGCGUCAAAACGCCCCCCUCCGAGGGCGAGGGUCAGCCAGACAACCACGAAAAGAACGAAGGUCUUGCCGCGGCUAGCUGA